AUGUCGUUCCUGGAACGCAUCAAAGAAUUCGAUGCCUACACCAAACCACUUGAGGAUUUUCGGGUUCGAACGUUUGCUGGCGGAACUGUAACAUUGAUUAGUGGUGCGGUGAUUUUAUUUAUGUUUAUUUCGGAAACUUAUUUUUUUUUAUCGGUGGAUAUUGUUGAGCAACUGUAUGUGGAUUCAACACCGGCCGAACAACGCGUUGAUGUUCAUUUUGAUGUAACAUUUCCUCGUCUACCAUGUUCCGUGAUAACGGUGGAUGUAAUGGAUUUGAGCGGUGAUAAUCAGGAUGACAUAAAAGAUGAUGUAUAUAAAGUCAGUUUAAUCGAUGGAAAAGUGGAUGGGCAGCAACACGUCAGGCAAGGCUCGUUUUCGAUACAGUGUUGUAAUAGUUGUGAUGAUGUACGGGAAGCAUAUACGCUGAGAGGUUGGCAACUGGCUGAUAUCGAAAAUGUGGAACAGUGCAAAGGUGAUUCGUGGGUGCAAAAAAUGAGUGAUCACAAAAAUGAGGGUUGUCGAGUUUAUGGCAAAGUUCAAGUAGCUAAGGUUGCCGGUAAUUUCCACAUUGCACCGGGUGAUCCGCUUAAAUCUAUUCGAUCUCACUUCCACGACUUGCAUUCGUUAUCGCCAACCAAAUUUGAUACCAGCCAUACGAUCAAUCAUUUAUCAUUUGGCAAGCCAUAUCCUCGAAAAGUUUAUCCAUUGGAUGGAAGAUCAUUUGGAUCUGAAAGAAAAUCAGAUGGAAUGAUGUAUCAGUACUAUCUUAAAUUAGUGCCAACUUCAUAUGUGUAUUUGGAUUCAUCUCGAAAUGUCUUCAGUCAUCAGUUUUCGGUGACUACAUAUCACAAAGAUAUCGGUCUGGGAGCAUCGGGUUUGCCUGGUUUUUUCGUACAAUACGAGUUCUCGCCGUUGAUGAUAAAAUACGAGGAGAGGCGUCAAUCGUUAUCAACAUUUCUUGUUUCACUCUGUGCCAUUAUUGGUGGUAUUUUCACUGUUGCAAGCUUAAUUGAUGCAUUUAUUUAUCGCUCCGCAAGGAUUAUACGGCAAAAAAUUGCCCUUAAUAAAUUUACCUAG